GUGUCGUUAAAUACCUAUUAGGUUCCUAAAUUAAAUUAGCCAAAAUGUUUCAUUUUCUGUUAUUCAACGAGUGUUCAGCGGUGAGGUUAAACGUAUAGUAAUUGUGGUAGUGUUCAUUGUAAAAUAUUGUUUAAUAUUGUUUUACAUAAAGUAUAAGUUUUAAUUUACAUAUUUAAUAAUGCCAAGACAAUUAAUAUUCUUGGUCGGUGUUAUGAAAAACCAAAUAACUGGUAGUAAGCUUCCAUCAAAAAGAGAUAUUUUGAGUGUUCUCUUUUACAAUAUGCGUAUAGUCAAACUAACAUUACACGAUAGCGCUAGUCUUGUGUUUGACGAAUGUCAAAUUUUUUGGAUAAAAGCGCGUAUACCUAUUCAAGAUCGAUCAAAUUGCGUUACAAAAAUUAAAAAACUCUAUGAUGAAUGGAGAAAAUUAGAUAAAAAUAAAAAUAGAAUUACUGAUACACAAAAAAAAAUUAUGAAUACGUUUGAAGACAAUUUAAAUGACUUAUUUGACAUUGCGCAUAGUAAUGCAUUAAAUACUAUAAAAAUUCACGAAGAUAAAUUAUUUUUAAUAAAACAACGUGAAAAAGGACGUCAUGGAUGCAUGAUGGGUAUAGAUUCAAAAUUAACCAGUCUUGAAUUUCGAAAAUGCUAUUUAGAAGAACAAAAAGUUAGACAGAAAGAAAAACACGAAAUUGCGUCGAAAUCACCAGUUGUGUCUAUGGACUAUAUAUCAGAUGAAAACUUCACUGAUGAAGAGGAAAUUAUAAAUAUUGAAAGUGUUGGCCCGUCAAAAAUCAAGCGAGCAAGAAAGGAAAUUAUAAACCACCGUUUAUCGGCUGCAUUAGACAAAUGUAAAAUAAGUGACCGAGAUGCCGUUCAUUUACUUACAGCUGCAGCUGAAUCUUUUAAUGUCAAUACUAGUGAGUACAUAAUUAAUAGAUCUUCAAUUAAAAGAGCUCGAGAAAAGCGUCGUGAACAAUUAUCUGAAGCUAUAAAAUCUAAUUUUUUAAAUGUAAAUCUACAAUAUUGCGUUGUGCAUUGGGAUUCAAAAUUACUACCCGGCUUAACAGGAAGGGACACAAUAGAUCGUCUCCCUGUGAUUAUUACAGCUCCUAAUGUUGAACAGUUAUUAGGAGUUCCACAAUUAUCAUCUGGGAGAGGGAAUGAAAUAUGUUCGGCUGUAUAUAAUACUUUAGACGAUUGGUGUCUAUUAGAUAAAGUAGAAGCUUUUGUAUUUGAUACUACUGCAUCAAAUAGUGGCCGUCUAAAUGGUGCAUGCGUUCUUCUCGAACAAAAGUUAAAUCGAAAUAUUCUAUUUCUUGCUUGUCGUCACCAUAUUUUUGAAAUAAUUUUACAAGCUGUUUUUGUUACAUCAAAACUAUCUGUUAUGUCUGGACCUGAUAUUCCAUUGUUUAAACGAUUUAAAAAUAACUGGGUGAAUUUAGAUUUACGUAAUUUUCAUACAUGGACAUCACAUCCAGAUGUAUUUGAAGAAUUAAAAUAUGUAGUAGAUGAUGUUUUAUUAUUUUGUACAAAAAGAAUCGAAGAUAAUUAUCCAAGAGAUGACUAUAAAGAAUUUAUAGAACUUAUUAUGAUAUUUUUGGGGAAAACACCUCCACGAGGAAUACAUUUUCGACCACCUGGUGCUUACCACUUAGCCCGAUGGAUGGCAAAAGGAAUAUAUUGUUUUAAAAUAGGCGUGGAUAUGUGCUCCCGAUCCAAUUACAGCUCCACUUAA